CCGUUUGGGUUCUCUGUAAGACCCGCCUUGCUGCUAGCAACUAUUAGUUGAUGUUUAUAGCAACCGUCCUUGCCCUGGAAGCCUCCAUUUAGCGGAAGGGGGCAGGACGGACAUGUAGAAGAGGAGGUUGAAAGAGCGAGAUGCGCGGGGGCGCAGAUGCGCUAAGCUCAGCGUCCGCUCGGGUACCCCGCCUCCUUCCCAGCCGGCCGAGCGCUGUGAGCGCCUCCCACCUGCAGGGGGCGCGCUCAGCGCCGCGGCGCCAGGCCGCUCUGGCCGGCGCUCCGCGCGCCUCAGUGGCCGCCCCUCCUCCUCCUCUUCCCGCCGCCACCCGAGGUGCUCUGCUGCUGUCGCCGCCGUUCGCGUCGCAGGUCCUUUCUGACACAUACUGAAUAUUUUUGUGGAGCCUACUUAAGAAUUCCAAAAGAGUGCUGAGUGACCCCCAGAAGAGAAAUCAAUCUUCAGGCCUCAGCAUCUUCCACCAGCCCCAUCAGAGAGAUGUCCUACGUUUUUGUAAACGAUUCUUCUCAGACUAAUGUGCCCUUACUGCAAGCCUGUAUUGAUGGGGACUUUAACUAUUCCAAGCGUCUUUUGGAAAGUGGCUUUGACCCAAAUAUCCGCGAUAGCAGGGGGAGGACCGGCCUUCACCUGGCGGCGGCCCGAGGGAACGUAGACAUCUGCCAGCUAUUGCAUAAAUUUGGCGCUGACUUGCUGGCCACAGACUAUCAAGGAAACACGGCUCUUCACCUCUGCGGCCACGUGGACACCAUCCAGUUUUUAGUUUCCAAUGGACUCAAAAUUGAUAUUUGCAAUCAUCAAGGUGCUACCCCCUUAGUGCUGGCAAAGCGCAGGGGUGUGAAUAAAGAUGUCAUCCGAUUGCUGGAAUCUUUGGAAGAACAAGAAGUGAAAGGAUUUAACAGAGGAACCCACUCAAAACUGGAGACCAUGCAGACGGCUGAGAGUGAAAGCGCCAUGGAAAGCCAUUCUCUCCUCAAUCCCAACCUCCAGCAGGGUGAAGGAGUCCUCUCCAGCUUUCGGACCACGUGGCAGGAGUUCGUAGAGGAUCUGGGCUUCUGGAGGGUCUUGCUCUUGAUCUUUGUCAUUGCUCUGCUAUCUCUCAGCAUCGCCUACUACGUGAGCGGGGUGCUGCCCUUUGUGGAGAACCAGCCAGAAUUGGUGCAUUAACGGGGCUCACAGGAGACAGAACCCAUCUCCUGGCACCCAGUGUUGGUUCUCCAUCUCAACACUUGUCUCAGUGCAAGGCAGUGGGGCUGUACAUUUUUAUCUUUGCCUUGGUAACCCGUGUAAGACAGUGUGUUCAUCUGAACUUCACACUGUAGUUGAGUAUACUGUGUGCUGCCUUGCACUCAGCCUGAGCUCUCCGGGAAGCCUGUUCUCAGCCUCCAGGAUACAAACUCGGAAUUUCCUAAAGAAAGGGGUUUCUUGUCUGAUUUCUUUUAGUGGUUUCUUUUCUGUUUAGUUUUGUAAAAGCCCGUUUUCUCUAUUUUGUUCUCUGGGGAAGAGGAGAACAAAAUUAUUUGCUUGAAUUUUGAAGUACUUUAUUUGAAACCUGCUAGGCCAAAUUAGUAGUUAGAAUUUGACUUAAUUGCAACCUUUUCAAAUCUAGUUAUAAUUUGACAAAAUUGAACAUGAGCUGUACUUUCUCCAGAACUGAUUGCUUUGAUCUUAUGUUUAGGCUUAGGGUCAUUUUGAUUGUUAUAAACUGCUAGCAAAAUUACCUGAGAAGUAAGAUUGAGAAGUUCACUUCAUUCACUUUCAUUUGCCCCAUGUAUUUAUUUUAGAGGUUCUCUACUCACCAAAAAAUCCUUUCCCUACUGAACAGUUUUCAGGAAAAAAAUAAUUCUCAUACUAAAAUAACAAUUCUGUAGUGUUAUUUAUUACCGGUUUCAUAAGCUAGGUGUGUGGCCACAGUUGUGUCAUAGUUGUUUAAUGCAUCGUCUAUGUGGAGGGCCAUCUCACUUUGUGCAACAAUCCUACCAGAUCAGUAGUUCCCUGGCAGCUGGAAAGGAUGGAGCAUUUCCACAUGAACGGCCCUGAACAGUAUUAUCCUUGGUGUCAUAAACCUUUUAUGGAAGGUAACAUUAUGUAAGCUGAAGUCUGACCUCCAGACUAUACUGCCUCUCUCAGAAGUGUUUGAAGGCCUAUUGUUAAUGAUCCUGUAAUGUACAAGUCAUAUUUUAGGUUAUUAUGAAAGAAUAUUAAGGCUUAAUAAUUGUCCAUUGAAUGAAGUCAGAAAAUUGUAGUAAAAACUGAUGAUUGUAUAUUCUGAAACACAGGCAUGUAAAUGAAUACUAGUUGAAUUGUGGCUAGAUUUAGAAAUUACAGUUAGACUAGAAUCAAUACAUCUCUGGUCCUUUUGCUUCUUGAUAUUUCUUUUGUAUUUAUACAUGUUGUUGGGAGGCUUUUUUCUUUCAUGUGGCUUUACCCUUUUACAGAGCUCCUUUAAAUGUCGUGAUUACCUGGCUGCUUCAGGAUCAGCUUGCGGAGUCUUGCUUUUAGGUUAGGCGCAAACAAAAUGCUCUGUGUAACUAUAGCAAAAGAAAAAGUCAGAGUAGAAGCUUGGGAAUUAGCUUUAUGUUGUAAGUCUAAACAAAUAUGCAAGUUGAUUAAUGUAUUAAAUGUGUUUUUUUUUUAAAAAAUCAAUGUUCCCUUUUAAGUGCAGAUUUCUUUGUAUUCUGUUCUC